UUAUCACUGUCUCUCAACGUUACCACUUCUUCCGAACCAGUUCUACAACUUACUUCGACUAUUACAACGAAAAUGGCAACCACAGUGGCUGGUGUGAGCCUCUCAACCCAAAGAGUCUUCUCAAAAGCAACAGAAUCGCCAAAGGUCUACGGUGUCAGGUCCUCCUGGUUGAACCAGCCCUGGAAGAGAUCCUCCCAAUUCGGGUACGGAGCAGGGCGGAUGGUAGUCCGACCGGUGUAUGCAGCACCCGACAAGAUAUCGGGUAAGGUGGAAGAGAGCAUCAAGCAGGCAGAGGAGCUAUGCGGGGAAGACCCAGCGAGCGGUGAGUGCGUGGCAGCUUGGGAUGAGGUUGAGGAGCUGAGCGCUGCAGCAAGCCAUGCACGUGACAGGAAGAAAGAGUCCGACCCUUUGGAGGCUUACUGUAAGGACAACCCAGAAACCGACGAGUGCCGUACUUACGAAGAUUGAAUAUGCCCCUUUCUUUUGACGUAAAUUUCCAUGAUUAAAAAUUUUAUUAGCUUCUUUAAAAUCCUCUUGUUUUUACGUUGGAACAAAAUUAAAUUAGACACCAUAUGUCAUGUAACGCAGUCAGUUUAUGCUUGUUUAUCAGUAUGAAAUCAUUAAUCAUACUCUCUCCUCUCUUUUUUUAACA